AUGCGCAUAAAUGAGGGUUUGCAGAAAUACGAUUCGCAGAAAUAUGGUUCGAAGAAAUACGUAAUGAGGGUUACGUAUUUCAAUGAAAAGAUAUGGCGUGUAAUGGGAGAGAUGAUCGUGGAUGGAAAUACUAUUCGAACAGGCUACAUUGAAGACACAGAGGAAGCCAUUGAGACUUCCUUCCAAGCAUUAGAAAUCGCCAACGCUGUCUUCAUGGGUGAAGGAUUUCGUUUAAAAGAACCAAAAUUAUCUACCACUUCAUUGAAGGCUACAAAAUUCAUGUUGGAAGAAGGAGUUUUUGUUAAAUUCGGGAAAUUGAUAGAAAUACCGGAAAAGAAGGAUAAGUACGGGUUGGGAUAUAUACCUACCAAAGCUGAUCAAGAGAACGCUGUCAAGGAAAAACGAGAAAGCAAGCUAGCUCGUUGGGAAAACCGGCUUCCCCCAAAACUAGAAAGCUUAAUUGAACAAGAAGUUAAGAUAAUCCAACCCUAUCAAGAACUUGUUGAGGUGAUCAAUUUAGGGACUGAGCAUGAUAAAAAAGAAGUUAAAAUUGGUAUGUCUAUGAAAGAAAGUGAGCGAGAAAAGUUGGUUAAAAUUUUAAUUGAUUAUGUGGAUGUCUUUGCAUGGUCAUAUCAGGAUAUGCCUGGGCUAGAUACUAACAUAGUUGAACACAAGCUACCACUCAAGCCUGAAUGUGCUCCAAUUAAACAAAAAUUGAGGAGGAUGAGGCCUGAUAUGUCACUUAAAAUUAGAGAAGAAGUCAAGAAACAAUUUGAUGCUGGUUUCUUAGCUGUGGCAAAAUAUCCUCAAUGGGUUGCUAACAUUGUUCCGGUUCCAAAGAAAGAUGGAAAAGUUCGAAUGUGUGUUGAUUAUCGGGAUUUAAAUAAAGCUAGUCCAAAGGAUGAUUUUCCUUUGCCUCACAUCGAUGUCCUAGUAGAUAGCACUGCUCAAUAUUCUCUUUUCUCCUUCAUGGAUGGUUUCUCAGGGUAUAAUCAAAUCAAGAUGGCUCCCGAAGAUAUGGAGAAAACUACAUUCAUUAUACAAUGGGGGACUUUCUAUUACAAAGUGAUGCCAUUCGGAUUGAAGAAUGCUGGCGCAACCUACCAAAGGGCAAUGGUAACUUUGUUUCAUGACAUGAUGCAUAAAGAAAUAAAGGUUUAUGUGGAUGAUAUGAUUGCAAAAUCUCGGACCGAAGAAGAACAUGUUAUUAACCUUCAAAAGUUGUUUGUGCGACUAAGGAAGUUCAGACUCCGUUUAAACCCUGCUAAAUGCACUUUUGGUGUAAGAUCAGACGAGUUACUUGGGUUUAUCGUUGGUCAAAAAGGGAUAGAAGUGGAUCCAGAUAAAGUAAGAGCAAUACAAGAAAUGCCGGCUCCACGCACGGAAAAAGAAGUUCGUGGCUUUUUGGGCAGAUUGAAUUACAUUGCCAGGUUCAUAUCGCAUCUCACCGCUACAUGCGAACCGAUUUUCAAAUUGUUGCGCAAAGACCAAAAGGUUGAAUGGAAUGAUAAUUGUCAAAAAGCUUUCGAAAAGAUUAAGCAGUACUUAUCAAAACCUCCCAUCCUAGUGCCUCCUGUUCCUGAGAAACCACUUAUUAUGUACUUAACAGUACUUGACGAGUCAAUGGGCUGCGUACUGGGGCAGCAUGAUGAAUCUGGUAGGAAAGAACAUGCUAUUUAUUAUUUGAGCAAAAAGUUCACCAGUUGUGAAACAAGAUAUUCACUGCUUGAACGAACGUGUUGCGCAUUGGCAUGGGCUGCUCGUCGGUUGAGACAAUACAUGUUAUGUCAUACAACUUGGUUGGUGUCUAAAAUGGACCCAAUUAAGUACAUCUUUGAGAAACCUGCUCUUAAUAGAAGGAUCGCCCGUUGGCAGAUGUUGUUAUCAGAAUACGAUUUGGUAUAUGUUACACAAAAAUCCAUCAAAGGAAGCGCACUAGCAGAGUACUUAGCCCAACAACCGGUAGAAGAUUAUCAAUCAAUGCAGUGUGAAUUCCCCGAUGAAGACAUAAUGAAUUUAGUUGAAGAGAUUGAAUCAUCUGAUAAAGAAAAGUGGAGGUUGGUGUUUGAUGGUGCUUCUAAUGCGUUAGGGCAUGGAAUUGGAGCCAUUUUGAUUUCUCCAGAAAACCAGUUCACUCCAUUUACGGCUAGGUUGUGUUUUGAUUGUACAAACAAUAUUGCUGAAUAUGAAGCAUGUGUUAUGGGCAUUAAAGCGGCUAUUGAAUCAAAUGUAAAAUUUCUUGAGGUAUAUGGAGACUCAUUGUUGGUCAUCCAUCAGACGAAAGGAGAUUGGGAAACGCGAGAUUCUAAAUUGAUUCCGUAUCACACCCAUAUCAAAGAAUUGACAGAACAAUUUGAGAAGAUUACUUUUCACCAUAUCCCUCGAGAAGAAAACCAGUUAGCUGACGCCUUGGCCACUUUGUCGUCAAUGUUCAAAAUAACCACUAAUCAAGACGUGCCGGUCAUAAAGAUUCAACAAAGAGAUAAACCUGCAUAUUGCUUAUCAAUAGAAGAAGAGUUGGAUGAAUAUCCAUCAGGUAUUUCAGAGAACGACAAGAGGGUUUUGAGGAGGUUGUCAAUGAACUUCUUCUUAAAUGGUGAUGUGCUUUAUAAGAGGAAUCAUGAUAUGGUUCUCCUCAGAUGUGUGGAUAAAGCAGAAGCAGAAAAGAUCAUUCAAGAGGUUCACGAAGGUUCUUUUGGAACUCAUGCAAAUGAACACGCAAUGGCAAGAAAAAUCUUGAGGGCUGGCUAUUAUUGGCUGACAAUGGAAUCUGAUUGCUUUAAUUAUGUAAAGAAAUGUCAUAAAUGUCAAAUAUAUGCUGACAAAGUACAUGUACUGCCCACCUCUUUGAAUGUUUUAACAUCACAAUGGCCGUUUUCAAUGUGGGAGAUGGAUGUUAUUGAACUCAUCGAGCCAAAAGCUUCCAAUGGUCACCGGUUUAUCUUGGUAGCUAUUGAUUACUUCACAAAAUGGGUUGAAGCAGCUUCUUAUGCCAAUGUGACUAGAAGUGUGGUUGUCAAAUUCAUCAAAAGAGAAUUGAUUUGUCGAUAUGGCUUACCAAACAAGAUAAUCACUGAUAACGCGACUAAUUUGAAUAACAAAAUGAUGAAAGAGUUGUGUGAUAGUUUCAAAAUUCAGCACCAUAAUUCUUCGCCAUAUCGUCCGAAAAUGAAUGGAGCUGUAGAAGCAGCAAAUAAGAAUAUCAAGAAGAUCAUACAAAAGAUGGUGGAGACGUAUAAGGAUUGGCAUGAAAUGCUUCCCUUUGCAUUACAUGGCUAUAGAACCUCUGUUCGUACCUCAACAGGGGCAACUCCUUUCUCAUUGGUGUAUGGAAUGGAAGCGGUACUUCCCAUUGAAGUUGAAAUUCCCUCGAUCAGAGUCUUGAUGGAAACAAAACUGGAAGAGGCCGAGUGGGUUCAAUCACGAUUUGACCAGUUAAAUCUCAUAGAAGAAAAAAGGAUGAUAGCUCUAUGUCACGACCAGCUAUAUCAAAAAAGACUUAAAAAGGCAUACGAGAAAAAAGUCCGUCCUCGAGAGUUUCAAGAAGGGGACUUGGUGUUAAAGAAAAUAUUGCCCAUAAAAAAGGAUUUUCGUGGAAAGUGGACCCCGAAUUACGAAGGACCAUAUGUUGUGAAAAAAGCUUUUUCUGGAGGAGCUCUAAUACUCGCAGAAAUGGAUGGAGAUGACCUUCCACUUCCAGUAAAUUCAGAUGCAGUCAAAAAAUAUUAUGCUUAAAAACGGUGAUGAGCUCGCUAGGUUGAAAACCUGAAAAGGCGACCUAGGCAAAAAUUAGAGCAUCCCGAUGGAUUGAAAACUUGGAAGAGUAGUCCAUGCAAAAGAUAGGGAUAAAAAAAAAAAA